AACGACGUACUUUGGAACACGUUUUUCUGAUUUACCUAAACGUGCCAUCAUACAAUUUAAAACAGGGAGAAAUAAGGAGGAAUUCUCUUUGAUCGCUUGGUGAUGUAGUUUUGGUUUGUUACCAUGGUUACGACACGGAUUCUGAAUAAUGUGAUAAAUGUUCUAACCGUAUUAUUGUUUCAUUUUUUCUUGACGGAAGCAGGAAAGCCGACGGCAAGGAAUAAAUUUCGUUCCAGAGUGCGUCGAACAGGUACAUUCAGCAGUGGCGCUGGAUUCGUAGGAAGCGGAGGAUUGCACUUGGAACCAUGGGAAAUAGCCCUAAUCGUUGGCGGCGUUGGGUGUUGCGUUCUUAUAGUGCUUUGUAUGUGUUGCAAAACGAAGAAAAAGAAGGCCCAAGAACAACUGGAAUACAAAGCCGUCAGUGAGGGAGAAGAGAGUAUUCAACUCCAGGAUAGACCAGUCGCCUGCAAUGAAAGGAAAGACUCCUACCCAACAUCGCCGGGAUACCACAGUUUAAAACUUGGGGGUGUGGAGCAAGAGGAUGAGGAAACAACGUCAUGUACGCGGUUAUCAGGCUCAAAUGUCCCGGAUAAUAUGACGUCACUUCCGACCGAGUCACUACACCAGAAUGGCAGUGUAGUUAUCCAAGGCGUGAGUUCCGGCUAUACUACCGUGGAGUUUUCAAAACCACCAGAGGGGCAAACGAUCUCUGUAUCAACGGUUUCAUGCUCAGGGCCUUCAUUGGACGGAACUGCAGUAUCACCCAUAUCAAUACAGCCGCAUCUUGCAUCGCAAUCGAAUGACCUGCCACCGGAAGUAAAAACAGGCAACGGUCCCUAUGUUUUAGCAGACUCCGCUCAUCAAGGUACUCAGACGCCUGACGGCCAACCUCCGCUAUAUGCCGACGUUAUAAACGCGAUGAGGAACGAACCUUUAGUUCGACUUCGACGGAACUCACCUCCGAAAAUGUGA